AUGACACCAGUAAACCCCUGCUGCUGCAACAAUGAUGUAGAAGACACAGACAUCCUUGUGGACGAUUCAGACUCAGGAAGUGUGCUUUCUGAUGACUCUGUGCUUCCAAACUAUGACCGGGUUGAGACACACACAGAGCCCCCUAAAUGUCUAUAUGAAGCAUGUAGGAGAAACGACGCUCCAGGCCUGCGCGCAAUCAUGGAGAGAGGAGUGACCCGGGAGGAGGUCAUGGAGCUGGACAUAAAUGGGAGGAACGGACUGAUGUUGGCAGUCAGCAAGGGCUUUGUAGACAUUGUCACCUUACUACAUGUGUGCCCGUAUGUUGACAUCAACCACCAGGACAAUGAUGGUAACACUGCCCUGAUGAUCUCUGCUCAAGCUGGGUUCAUCACAAUUUUAAACUACAUCCUCAAUUACUAUUCUGAUGUGGACACUGAGGUCCGGGAUCCGCGAGGGUUUACGGCACUCAUUAAAGCCGGUCUACAGGGACGAGAGGAGUGCGUGUCGGCUUUGCUCAUGCACGGUGCAGAUAUGCAUGCAAUGGACCUGGUUCAGGGCAAAGGGCUGAAAGACUGGGUUCUGAAAACGGGCAGGUUUGAGACAUUUAUCAGACUGCGGAGACUGCAAACUCGUCCAGCGGCUGAACAGUUUUGUGAGAGCUACGUCCCAGAGUGGCCUGAACUCAAACAUCUAAUCACUAAAGCCACUGCUCCCAAAACUGCCACUCAGAAACUGAGGCAGCGAAUCAGAGACAGCCUUUCAUUUAACUUUCCUCAAGACCCACAGGAUAAUGGAGUAAUGGACCAAAUGGUACGGAUCACGACGAGCAUUCACAGUCCAUUGGUGACGCUUGGCUGCCGGCCACUCUGCCCCACCAGCCCGCCUGAAAUGGGUAAGAGGCGCUUGGCUGUACCUGAACUCAUGGCCAAAUACAGCGGGAAGGAGCUGGAGGAGAGCGUAGUGUCCCACAGCAGCGGCUCUGUGCUCUCGACCUCCCCCUCACUGGUGUCUGCCACAUCCGUGUCACUCACCUCCUGCUGCUCCGAAAGGAAGGAGAGCAUUGCAGGGGGGCGCAGCUUCAUCCCACGCAGCAUGGUACACAGAAACAGCAUCUUCCCCUCCGGAUGUAUCCCAAAGAUCGAGGUGACCAAAACAGGAGAGCCCACGCCAAAGAAGAAGAAGAAAAAGAAAAAUCAUAAGGGCUACCUGGAGCCACCUGUGUGGAAGUACAAAGAAGCAAAAGAGGAGAGGAAGAGGGAGAAAAGGGAGAAGGAGGAGAAGGAAAAGAAAGACAAAAAAGACAAGAGUAAGAAGUCAGAUGCUUGGAGUGUCUCUUCUGCUGGGUCAAAGCUGCUGACACUGCUGCUUGCUCUAAAGAUGCUCUAUGUAGCUAAGACCCAGAAAACAGAAAUGGGUCACUCUGCUCUGGUCCCAGUGGCAAUAACUGCAGUUUUUCUGUGGAUUGCAGCUAUUGAAGCAGGUGCCAUGGACGAUGAGAAGCUCCUGUGUACGUGUGAGAAUACGAAGGGUACUUGUGCGAACGGGACGUGCAGGGGAGAUUACUGCUUCUACAAUUGGGUGCACGGUCAGGAGGAGCGAGGCUGCUUCUCUGCUCACAACUACAGGGAACAGUGCUAUACUAGAUUCGAACGCUUUUAUGUCUCCUGCUGCAAAGUCAAUAUGUGUAAUACCGACAUUACACCACCCCCCAGUAUUGAUGGAGUGGUGACCACCAGUCCUCCAGUGCCUGCUCGCCCAGAGCUGUGGAUUGCAAUAUCUCUUCUUCUCCUGAUUGUGGCAGUUUGUGUGAUCUGUGUGGUUUUGUUCCUCCGUUUCCGCCGGACUCACUGUAAACUGAAAAACUCUGAUGACCAUGAUGUUACUAUGCUGAAAGUACCCCAAGGAGAAGACCCAACAUACGGGGACAUCUUUGAUGAGUUCUGUACAUCAGGGAGUGGCACAGGAUUGCCAUAUCUUGUCCAAAGAACAAUGGCAAGACAGAUUUCUCUUGUAGAAUGUGUUGGUAAGGGCAGAUAUGGAGAGGUGUGGAGGGGAACAUGGAUGGGAGAGAGUGUAGCCGUGAAGAUCUUUUCAUCUCGAGAUGAACAGUCCUGGUUCCGAGAGACUGAGAUCUAUAACACCGUGCAGCUGCGACACGACAAUAUACUGGGGUUUAUAGCGUCUGACAUGACAUCCAAGAAUUCAAGCACACAAUUAUGGCUCGUCACACAUUUCCAUGAGCUGGGCUCAUUGUACGACUUUCUUCAGUACAGCAGUCUAGAGCCAGAGAGCUGCCUGAAGAUGUGCUUGUCUGUGGCUUGUGGCCUGGUCCAUCUCCACACUGAGAUUGUCAGCUCUCAGGAAAAGCCAGCCAUUGCACACAGAGACCUAAAGAGCCGGAACAUUCUGGUCAAGCGGAAUGGGCAGUGUUGCAUUGCUGAUCUUGGUUUAGCAGUUAUACACUCCCAGUCAAGUGAUUACCUGGAUGUGGGCAACAACCCGCGUGUGGGUACUAAGCGUUACAUGGCUCCUGAGGUGUUGGAUGAGACGAUUCGAAUGGACAUCUUUGAGUCCUACAAACAGACUGACAUCUGGGCCCUGGGUCUGGUUUUUUGGGAACUCAGUCGCAGGACCAUUGUUAAUGGAAUUGUGGAAGAGUAUCGACCUCCUUUCUUUGAUUUGGUGCCAUCAGAUCCCAGUUUUGAAGAGAUGAAGAAAGUGGUGUGCGUGGACCAACAAAGACCUAGUUUGCACAACAGACUGCACUCUCAUCCUAUCUUGGCUGCGAUUGUGAAAAUCAUGAAGGAGUCCUGGUUCCAGAGUCCAUCAGCCCGCCUCACAGCCCUAAGGAUCAGAAAGACCCUCUCCAAACUAGACCAUAACAGUGACUACAACAUUGAAAAACUCAAAGAAGAGGUCUGA